AUGUCCUUGACAGAGUCUUCGGCGCCGGAGAUUGCAAAGAGCGCAUCUCUUGCAGCUCGCCGCAUCGCCACGCUCUCCACGGAGUCUCGCAACAAUGCCCUGACGGUGCUGCACUCGGCCUUGUUAGAAAACCGAGAACACAUCCUCCAAGCAAAUUCUCGAGAUGUCGCGUUGGCUACGCGAGCUGCAGAGGAUGGAAAACUCAACCAAAGCGUUUUGAAAAGGCUCGACCUGUCUCGACCGGGGAAAUAUCAGGAUAUGCUAGACGGGAUUCUUAGUGUCAGAGACCUUGAAGACCCAGUCGGCAAGAUCACUAUGAAAACUCUGUUGGAUGAUGGCCUCGUCUUGGAGCGGGUUAGCUGCCCAUUAGGGGUUCUCCUGAUUAUCUUCGAGGCCCGUCCUGAAGUCAUUGCCAAUAUCGCUGCUCUCUCCAUUAAGUCUGCGAAUGCUGCUAUUCUUAAAGGAGGAAAAGAAUCUACGGAAUCGUUUAUUGCCAUUUCAGAGGUGAUAUCAACAGCUUUAUCAAAGACGGAUAUUCCUACACCGGCCAUUCAGCUCGUCAAAACACGCGAUGCCGUAUCUUCCCUCCUAGCUCAGGAUGACUUGAUUGAUUUGGUUAUUCCUCGUGGUUCCAAUGAGCUUGUGCGACAUGUUAAAGACAACACAAAGAUACCUGUUCUUGGCCAUGCAGACGGACUAUGUUCGGCAUAUAUCCACCUUGACGCUGACCCCCAAGUUGCAACAAGAGUCAUCGUGGACUCGAAAACCGAUUACCCCGCUGCUUGCAAUUCACUGGAAACGCUUCUUGUGCAUGAGACAGUCCUCGAAAGUGUUCUUCCUCAGGUAGCCGAAGCUUUGCUUGCCAAAGGGGUCUCUCUUCGUUGCGACCAGGCUUCUAAAGCCGCCCUCACAAAGGCCCUCUCCCCAGAGAAAGCUACUCUGCUGCAAGAAUCCACAGACCAAGAUUACGACACCGAGUUCCUAGAUCUCAUUCUAGCUGUCAAGACGGUACCAUCUCAGGCUUCCGGGCCACUUGCCGUAGAAUCCGCCAUUGCUCACAUCAAUGCCCACUCGUCCAAGCACACCGACGUCAUCAUCACAGCGUCCAGAGACGUAGCCAACGCUUUCAUGGCCGGUGUAGACAGUGCGGGCGUCUAUUGGAAUGCAUCGAGUCGCUUUGCAGAUGGCAUGAGGUAUGGAUUUGGAACCGAGGUCGGAAUUAGUACAAACAAAAUCCACACCAGGGGACCGGUUGGCCUGGAGGGUCUGACUAUUUAUAAAUAUCUAAUCAGAGGCGAAGGCCACACUGCGGCUGAUUACUCUGGGCAGCCCGGGGGCAGAAGAUGGAAACACGAAAAAUUACAGCUCACGUCAUGA